AUGGCUGUCGCUUCACCAAGACCGCUUAUCGGUUAUGAUCAUCGACAACCUUCGCCGAGUAAAAAGAUGGUUCUACCAAAAAUCGAACAUCCGUCCAAGCGAAUGAUCGAUAGUUAUCGAACAGUAUUGGAUGUUCGUGGUAAAUCUGGUGAAGGAAAAUUGAUUCGAACCGAUCUUUCCUCGCCUCGUCAACAGGGACGAUCGUCCACAUUGAAAUCAGCAUCCCGAUGUUCGGAUUGUCUUACUGAUGUUCCGGAAAAUGUCAAUGCUAUUUACGGUGAAGACCGAAAUAAAGUUCGUUUACCUGUUUUCGGUCGUCGACCGGAAAGCACAACAUCUUCGAUAACUAGCGCAAGAAAAGCAGACACACCUCGAACAUCUCGUCUGAUUAUCGAUGA